AUGAAACGUGUGUUUUUUUCAUACCAGUUCCUGGCAACUGUGACUUCAUCGCUAGCUGUUUUAUCAUCCGGGAUUCAUGAAGCCUGGACUUCGGUUUACAUUCCUGUCUUGUUGAACGUUCCUGUUAUCAUUAUUUUCCUAACCUUCGGUUUAAACGCCUGGUCUGCUUUCAUCAUGUCUGAACCAAUCGUAACCAUAGAGCAGGGGCAACUCCGGGGAAAAAUUUCAACCAAUAUUGACAACAAAAAUUUCUGUAGUUUUCAAGGCAUUCCUUACGCCAAACCCCCGACUGGUCAGCUCCGGUUUAAGGACCCGCAAGCACCGGAACCAUGGACGGGAAUCAAAGACGCGACAACGGAGGGAAACGCGUGUUAUGCCAAACACAUGCUUUUCUAUAAUGUAAUCGGGUCGGAGGAUUGCCUAUAUUUGAAUGUUUACACUCCGGAAGUGUCUUCAAAACAUUUAAAACCGGUGAUGGUAUGGAUCCAUGGAGGUGCUUUUAAGAGUGGUUCAAGCAAUACGGAUAUAUACGGGCCUGAGUAUUUGCUAACUCAGGAUGUUGUUGUGGUUACUUUUAACUACAGAUUGGGAAUUUUUGGAUUUCUCAAAUUGGAAGAUACUACAUUGGAUGUUUCUGGGAACGCUGGUAUGAAAGAUAUGGUAAUGGCCUUGAAAUGGGUGCAGAAAAAUAUUAGUAAAUUCUCCGGGGAUCCCAACAAUGUUACCAUUUUUGGCGAAAGUGCAGGAGCAGCUUCAGUACAUUACCUUGUUUUGUCACCACUUGCUAAAGGGCUUUUUCAUAGAGCUAUAGCACAAAGUGGAACUGCCUUAAAUACUUUUGCAAGAGGGCGAAGUGAUAUUGUUUCUCAUUUGUCGACCGAAUUGAACACUAAAAAUGAGAAAGAAAUAUUGCAAAAACUGGUGCAAAUGCCAGCUGAAAAACUGUUUGAACUUUAUGAAAAAUUAGUAACAAUAUGUGAAGGUUUGAACAAUGGAGGUGGCAAACUACCCUUCGCUCCUGUUAUUGAAAAGGCGUCACAAAAUGCGUUCAUAGCUGAAGAACCACUCAAAAUUAUAAAGUCAGGGAAUUACAAUCAAGUUCCUUUAAUUUUUGGUUUUACUACAAGAGAAGGAAUGUUGAUUGAGCAAAUGAUAAAGCCGAGAAAACCUACCAUGCCUCGAGAUUUUGAAGCCGCAAUACCUUACACUCUGGAGGAUGAACGAGGUUCUGAAACUUCGAAACAAAUUGCUAAGAAAAUCAAAGAUUUUUACUAUGGGGAACCAAACUCCGAAGACAAAUUAGACAAUUUCUACAUAAUACAUACUGAUAAUUAUUUCUUGAGAGAUAUCAUUUUUGCUGUUAAACACCAUGCUGCAACUUCAAAAUUUCCAGUUUAUUUGUACCAGAUGUCAGUCCAGUCUAGUUUGAAUAUCAUGAAAAGACUUUCAAACAUAACAGCACCAGGUGUCGCUCAUGGUGAUGACAUUGGUUACCUGUUUAAAACCAAACUUUCACCAGACUUGAGUCCCGGAUCUUUGGAAGAAAUAUCAGUGAGACGUUUUGUCAGAUUUUGGACAAAUUUUGCCAAAAAUGGUAACCCAGAUGAACCGCAAUGGAAACCAGUAAAGAUCAAUGAACUCAACUACAUCGAUAUUGGGGAGAAUUUAAAUGCCAGAGUUAAUCCCGAGCCAGAAAGAAUGAAAUUCUGGGAAGAAUUAUACAAAAAUAAGCCACUUUAUGCAAUUUAAAGUUUUGUUAUUAUCAUUUGAAAAAUUCUAAUAAAUAAAUUAUUCUAUGUUAUCACCAA